GCGCUGCGCUUCCAGCUGCGUCUGCCCGAGCGCGGCACGUGCUCCCGGCGCUGGCGCGAGAGAGCGAGCGCCACCGCCGCGGGCCCCGCAGCCUGCCUGUCUGCUGCUACCGCUGCCUCCAUCGCCGCCACUAGCGCUCCGGCUGCAGCUAAGGCCGCUAAAGAGAGCGCAGGAAGCCCGCGAGGAGCGGCCAGCCAGGGGCGCAAGGCUCAGGGCGCGCACCUGGUCUUGAAGAUCAUGACCACAUGGAUGUAUCUAACUGAAUGUUACCUGGGGAUGUGGUGGUCCUUUAGAGAACACAUCUAAAUUGCUGGCCAAUUCCUUGGUUUGCCACUCAACAUAGGACACUGUUUGAUUCUAUCUCUCAGAACUCUCCUAAAUUUUCUCCACCAUGCUAUCUUUAUUAGCCUGAACUCUUUUCCUAAAAUGGUCCUUCUGUUGAUCCUGUCAGUCCUGCUUUUGAAAGAAGAUGUCCGUGGGAGUGCACAGUCCAGUGAGAGAAGGGUGGUGGCUCACAUGCCGGGUGACAUCAUUAUUGGAGCUCUCUUUUCCGUACACCACCAGCCUACCGUGGACAAAGUACACGAGAGGAAGUGUGGGGCGGUCCGUGAGCAGUAUGGCAUUCAGAGAGUGGAGGCCAUGCUGCACACCCUGGAAAGGAUCAAUUCAGACCCCACACUCUUGCCCAACAUCACACUGGGCUGUGAGAUAAGGGAUUCCUGCUGGCAUUCUGCUGUGGCCCUAGAGCAAAGCAUUGAGUUCAUAAGGGAUUCCCUCAUUUCUUCAGAAGAGGAAGAGGGCUUGGUACGCUGUGUGGAUGGUUCUUCCUCUUCCUUCCGCUCCAAGAAGCCUAUAGUUGGGGUCAUUGGGCCUGGCUCCAGUUCUGUGGCCAUUCAGGUCCAGAACUUACUCCAGCUUUUCAACAUACCUCAGAUUGCUUACUCGGCAACCAGCAUGGAUCUGAGUGACAAAACUCUGUUCAAGUACUUCAUGAGGGUUGUGCCUUCAGAUGCCCAGCAGGCACGGGCCAUGGUGGACAUAGUGAAGAGAUACAACUGGACUUAUGUGUCAGCUGUGCACACAGAAG